AUUCAACUGCAAAAAAAUGGCCAUUGUGAAGGCUUUACAUCCCGGGAUGUUGUCAACAAAGUUAAGAAGUUAAGGCAAAAGUAUAAAGUAGAGAAAGACAAAAAACGAAGAUCUGGAAGCGGUAAAGGAAAAGAAUGGAAAUUUUUUUCUAAAUUGGACGCAUUCUUGUCCACUAAGCCAAAUGUUGAACCGUUGCUCGUGGUUGACACCAUGGCAGAAAGUAGCACGAAUGACGAAACUACUCGGCCUGAGACUGAGGAAACAGACGAUCCGGUCGAAGGUGGGUAAAAUGCUUUCCCCUCUAUGAAAAAGGGUUAUCAUAUAAGUCUUUAUGUAGGGGAUUAAUUUAUUUCUGAUUUUUAAUACUUCUGUCAUUAUCAUUUGGCAGAUAUGAUAAAAAAGUAUGGCGAAAGUCAAUCACAUGUCCAGAAAUGUAACACGUGCGAGUAUGAGCAAGUCAUCAAUUCAUCUGGAGUUCUAAACUUGGAAUCAGGCUCUGUGAGGGUAUAUGCUGACGACGAUGAAUUCUCCUGUCCAAACUGUGAAAACACAGGCACAGCUGUUCCAAAUUGUGAGAGCACAGCAGAUUCGAAUUAUGGAAGUACAGCCGGUUUGGAUGAAAGUAAAUUGUGCAUGCUUUUAUAUUAUUUAACCCAUUGAGUGGCAGCACUCUCUCCCUGACAAGUAAAAUCGUCCGGUGUUAGACAGAGUAACAUAAUAAAGCAUGCAUUUGGGUGCAUUGCCACUUAAUAAAGGGUUAACACUAUAUAAAUAAUAGCUGGGGUUCGUACAAAGGAAUAUAAAGGAUGUUGCAAAGUUUUGGAAGGCAUUUCAAACUCUGGGAAAUCUUUACGGAUCAUGGGAUAUAUCAACUAGUCUCUUCCCAUUAAUUGUUGGUUCAAAUAACUUCCCUCCUUAUUAUAGAGAAUAGCUGUGAAUAAAUUUUAAGGCAUUUAUUCUAAUUUAGAUAAUAAAUCCAAAAAUAACUUUUUUCAUAUAGCAUUGCCAUUGGACAGUGAUGAUGAUGUGCCAGAAAAUGUGCAACCAUUUAGCACUGAUUCUGCAGAGAACAAAAAAAGUGCCAGCUCUGUCAGUGCCAGUGGUAUUAAAAAAAGGAAAAGGAGCAAUAUUGAGAAGUCUUUGGAUGUU